AUGUCAGCCACAUAUGACGAGAAGCCCAAGGCGGCGUCGACGGUCGCCGAGGAUCCUCAGGGAGAUCUGGUCAAUGCCUCGGGUCACGUCCAAGAGUUGGAACGCAACUUUUCUCUGCUCAGUAUCUGUGCCGUCGCCGUGACGACCGGUAAUACAUGGAUUGCCCAGGGUGGAAGUGUGGUGGUCGCUUUGAGUAACGGUGGUCUCGGCGCUACCAUCUAUGAAUUUAUCGCUGUGUCAGUCUGUUACUGGCUAGUGGCGGCUUCCAUUGCCGAGCUGGCAUCGGGCAUGCCCUCGGCGAGUGGUGUCUACCACUGGGCGUCGGUGACGGCGGGAAAGUAUGGACGACCCUGCGGCUUCUUUGCCGGCUGGUGGAAUUGUCUGGCAUGGAUCUUCGGUGCGGCCUCCAUGAGUUUGAUCAUGUCCCAACAAACGGUGUCCAUGUACGCCUUGAUGCACCCGGGCUUCGUUCCCCAAACCUGGAAUGUCUUUGUCGGGUUCCUGGUCUGUACUUGGGUCUGCUGUGCCAUUGUCCUGUUCAUGAACCGCUGGUUGCCUUAUAUCGGAAACCUCGGUAUGUUUUUCAUCCUGUCGGGGGUGUUCAUCACCAUCAUUGUCUGCGCCGUCAUGCCUCACGUCAAUGGUGAUGGGUACAUGUCCGACAAGGAUAUCUGGCAAACAUGGAGCAAUGGAACCGGGUACACCUCGCAAGGAUUCGUCUUCGUCAUGGGCAUGCUCAACGGCGCCUACAGUGUGGGCACCCCCGACUGCUCUUCCCACUUGGCCGAAGAGAUUCCCAAGCCCAGCCGUAACAUCCCCAAGGCGGUGCUGGCUCAAAUGUCCGUCGGUUUCGUCACCGGUAUUCUGUACAUGAUUGCCAUCUUCUAUUCGAUUCAGGAUCUCGACAGCGUCACCUCCAGCUCCUACAACUUCCCCUUGGCGGAGAUCUACUACCAGGCCACCGGCUCCCGUGGGGGUGCCCUUGGCCUCCUGAUCAUCGCCUUCUUGCCAACCUUGGUCACGGCCUCUGGCUGCUACAUCACUGCCGGCCGUACCUUGUGGACUCUCGCCCGCGACCGCGCGACUCCCUUCCCCAAAUGGAUGGGUCGCAUCAACAGCACUUUCCACAACCCGUUCAACGCGACCCUCACCUGCGGGUGCGUCAUCACCGUCCUGGCUUGUAUCUACCUGGGCUCCACCACUGCUUUCAACGCCUUUGUCGGCUGCUUUGUCCAGCUGUCGUCGCUGUCCUACUUCAUGGCCAUCUUCCCGCACAUCCUCAGCCGCCGAUCCUCGUUUGUCCCCGGCUUCUUCUUCAUGAACAACACUAUCGGAUAUGUUGUCAACGCCUUGUCAUGUGUUUAUAUCCUGGCCUUUGUCAUCAUCUUCUGCUUCCCCUAUGCCAUGCCCGUGGCGGCCGCCUCGAUGAACUACGCCAGUCUGAUGACCGGCAGUCUGACUAUCUUCAUCAUGAUCUGGUGGUUUGUUCGCCGGGGAUCGUACGAGGGUCCCAAAAACAUUCCUUUGACUGACAAGGCUCUGGCCGAGGAGGCAAAGUGA